AUGUCCAUUGGCCGCCAUUGCGUGAUGCUUUUGACCAAUCAGCCAGCUAUCCAAAGCUUGUCUCUCUUCGAGGUCCUCACAACUACAACCUCACGACGCGCACCAAAGACAACCUCCGACGAUAUCAUCCCUGAAGAACGACAGCAGCAGUGUGCGCGAUCAUCAACAAAAAAGCAGACCGCAUCUCUAGGACGCCGAGACCUUCAAAUCACUCCCCAGCGCACCUCGCGCUACCGAAUCACCAUGGCAAACCGUGAAAAGGGCGGCCGCGUGGUCUUCAUCGGCAACAUCCCCUACGGCGUCAGUGAAGAGCAAAUCUGCGACAUCUUCGGCCGCAUUGGCGCAGUCCAGAACUUCCGCCUCGUCUACGACAAAGAAACCGGAAAGCCCAAAGGCUUCGGCUUCCUGGAGUAUGGCGAUGUGGAUGCCGCGGCCUCUGCUGUACGAAAUUUGAACGGUUUCGAGAUUAUGGGUCGGGAGUUGAAGGUCGACUACAGCAACGACAAUUCUGGUGGGAAGAGGGAUGGUGGAGGACAUGGUGGUGAUGGAGGCAGUGGAAGGGCGCCUCCGCCUGCACACUUUGCGAUGAACAUGAGUGGAGGCGGGGGGAUGCCCGGAAUGCCGCCCAUGCUGCAGCAGCAAAAUGAUGGGGCGAGCGCAUUACCACAGCUACCUCCUGGAGCGCCGCUAGAGCCGGGCAUGACUGCUCCAGACGCGAUCAGCAAGACUCUCAACGCCAUCCCACCACCACAGCUCCUCGACAUUCUCAGCCAGAUGAAGAAUCUUAGCAUGUCCGACCCUGCAAAAGCCACCCAACUUCUCACCUCCGCACCGCAACUCAGCUAUGCCAUCUUCCAAGCUCUCCUCUCACUCGGACUGGUGGACCCCUCUGUCAUCAGCACCCUCCUAGGGCAACACGCACAACAACAAUCUCAGCAACAAGCACCUCCACCACAGAUGCCACCUCAACAAUACCAACAACCACCUCAAUUCCCGCAGCAACCCCCACCAAACCCUUACGCCCAGCAACAACCGCAGUACAACCCCUACCAACAACACGCGCAACCUCCACCCGGCUACGCCCCGACACCUCCUGCCGCGCAGCCAGCCUACCAGCCACCACCGCAGCCACAGCAACAAGGACUACCCGGUGGCGACCAGAACGCUGCGCUGAUCAAGCAAGUCCUCGGCAUGUCGCGUGACGAUAUCUUCCGCCUUGAGCCACAGGUGCGCGACCAGAUCAUUGCGCUGCGGAGUCAGAUGGGAGCUCCAGUGUCCUAG